CCCUGGUUGACAGGCGGGGCCAGCGUGGAGCGGGGGGGUCGGCCGGGGUCUAGCGGCGGUGGAGGAGGGGGCAUGCGGUGCUCACUGAGGGUGUGGGUGCUGCUGGGCUCCCUGGGCCUGGUCUUUCUCACCUCCCUCUUCUUCUCCAUCUCCCUGAGGGGGGGCGUCGGCCUGCCCUACCUGGACCCACCCGGAUGGGAGGAGUCUCGCCGAGUUAAACUAGUGCCCAACUACGCUGGCGCCCACCAGCUAAGCCCUCUAGAGGGCACCCAGCAGGAGAAGACAUGUGCCUGCCCCCGCUGUGUGGGAGACCCUGGGGUGUCGGACUGGUUCGAUGAGAACUACGACCCGGACAUUUCCCCCGUGUGGACACGGGACAACAUCCAGCUGCCUUCAGAUGUCUACUAUUGGUGGGUGAUGCUGCAGCCUCAGUUCAAGCCCCACACUAUCCAGCAGGUGCUGCUGCGGCUGUUCCAGGUGAUCCCAGGUCGCUCCCCUUACGGCUCUUGGGACCCCGCCCGCUGCCUGCGCUGUGCAGUGGUGGGGAACUCAGGCAACCUCCGUGGGGCCGGGUAUGGGCCCACCAUAGACGGCCACAACUACAUCAUGAGGAUCAACCUGGCCCCCACGGUGGGCUAUGAGGAGGAUGCAGGCAGCCACACCACCCACCACUUCAUGUACCCAGAGAGUGCCAAGAACCUGGCAGCCAAUGUCAGCUUUGUCCUGGUGCCCUUCAAGACCCUGGACCUGCUGUGGAUCACCAGCGCACUCUCCACUGGACAGAUCCGCUUUACCUACGCCCCUGUGAAGCAGUUUCUACGGGUGGACAAAGACAAGGUUCAGAUUUUCAACCCAGCCUUCUUCAAGUACAUCCAUGACCGCUGGACCAGGCACCACGGACGCUACCCCUCCACAGGCAUGCUGGUCCUGUUCUUCGCUCUGCACGUGUGUGACGAGGUGAAUGUUUUUGGCUUUGGCGCUGACAGUCGAGGCAACUGGCACCACUAUUGGGAGCAGAACCGCUACUCUGGAGAGUUCCGGAAAACAGGGGUACAUGACGCAGACUACGAGGCCCAGAUCAUCGACUCGCUGGCGAAGGCCAGAAAGAUCACAGUUUUUCCAGGAAAGAGGGUAAGAUGCUGAUGGCUGUGAGUGGAACUACAUGUGACUACACACUCUGCCCCCAACAGGCCUACCUCCAUAGCCCUCAGCCCUGAGGAGAAAUGGACGGUCAGAACUAUAGGAAUAAUGUAGUGGGGGUGGAGAAGUCUGACCUAGCCACUGUAUGGACCUGUGAACCAGUCCCAUCCACAAUCCCACCUCCUGCUCAUCCGCAGGGGGUUGAGUCAUCACACGCCUUAGGGGUCUCACACCCAGAGACUCAGCCCCCUCCCACUCUGUAGCCCCCACCCUAAAUGCCAUGGCAACCAGUGACGGACACUGAUCUACCCCUGCCGUGUCCACACCCACCUGUAUAGCUGCUGUUAAAGCCCCCUUGCCCCUCGGAGCUGGGAGUACUAGGUAGUUGAAGUUUACGUGGUUGGAAGCCCAGAGGCUACUUAAAAAUAAGAGUUACUGUUGUAAUUAUAUGACUAUCAUGUUGAAAGUAUGUACGGUCCACAGGGAUUUGACCACAUAUACAGUAUUAAUCGUUUGAUUUGUUUUAACCAUUUUAAGUGACUAAUCAUCCUGCUAAUUAGGUAGAUUGGGGAGAGGCUUACACAUGGUCAACAACAACACAAGCAGACAUAUUGGGAUAAGACUAACACUACUCACUCAUUAACAUACACACACACUCUUCCACACAUACACCGUUCACACAAUGUUGUUGGUCAUUUAGAGCUAAUACCAAUAAGUAUAGGACUGAGUACAAAGAGCUCACACUAAGAUGACCUGCUGCCUCCUGCUGCCUGUUAAGGGAUACUGCAUCACUCUGAGGCCCAUACAUUAUAUGUACAUAGGACAAACGGAAGGCUGCCUCCUCUGUGUCUAAUGAUGACCACUUGAUAACGGAAAGUAAUAUGGCACAACAUAACUAACCCGACUGCUAGUAAAAAAUGCCACUAUAUUUUCAGAUCAGAGUUUAGGAACUCUGAAAAGGUAGCUUAGCAGGGUCUAGGCAGGUAGUCCAGCAAUUAAGUGUGUCGGCCAGUAACUGAAAGAUUGCUGGUUAAAAUCCCUGAGCUGACUCGGUUAGAAAUCUGUGCUCUUGAGCAACACACUUAACCCUAAUUGCUUUUGUAAGUCGUUCUGGAUAAGGGCGUGUGCUAAUUUAGUUAAAUGUAAAAACUCUUUCUUUAGUCCUGGCUGCAGUAGUUAUUAGCCAAUUUGGCAAUGCGACAUUCAGUUAAGGAUGUCUGCUGUUGUGUAAUCCUAUGAUGAUAUCAUAAAUAUGGUAUAUACCAUCAUGUACUGUAUGAUAUACUUGUAUUAUAUCUAUCCUUUGCACAUCAUGUUCUUAUCUAACACUCUGACAUUGAGUUGGGCAGAUCACUGUAACUAAUUCCUAUACAUAACUCAUUUCUGUGUGUAAUUUUUGUUUUGUUUCAGGUAUGUGUCUCUACCUGACACACAUACUUUAAGGACAUCUACGGAGUGCCAGUGAGUUCUUAUCAGCCCUCACUCCUUACUAGUGUGUGUAUGUGCGAGAGAGUGCUGUAAACAAAAUUGUGUGAUUUACUUAGUGUUGUCAAAGUGAGAUUUUCAGUUAGACCCCUCUCAUAACAAAAUAGACACAUAUCAGCAAUUUACAGCCAUGUGACAACACACACACAUCCAUGCUUGCGUGCCUUGUCCCAGUGUUGGACAUACCUUUCCUGCAGUGCACCAUAAACCUCAGUACACGUGUGCUAUCUUAAGCUUGAUUUAGUCUGCACAGGACAUUCACACAAACCCAAAGCCCCUUCUACUAUGGGUACUGCUAUUGUGAUCAUAACAGCGUGUCAGUCAUGUCUCUGACACAUACACAUAUUCUGAGAGCUUCAAAUGUCUUCUCCGACUUAGACCAUACACCUUAUAUUAUACCCACCCCCUCUGGUCUUGCCUGGCUGAGAGCUGUGCCUUCUGGACCCAUAUGAUUCACUAUGCCUUUCUCUAGGAGCCACGUAGAGAGGCUUCCUUUAUGCUGUUGCUUUUUAAACAACUCAUUAUCUAGAGAUGAAAGAAAAUCAACUCUUAUCUGUGACUAGAAAUGGGUAAAGUUGAUGACUAUGGUUAUAUUCAUUUGCUCUUCUCAAUCAGUAUUUUGCCAUUGUGUCUGUGAUUCGUAUCUGCUGAGGUAAUGUGUUCAAGAUGACAGCCGAUGGCAUUGUGUCUAGUGGUUAAAACAUAUCUCCACCUUAUUUCUGUGUUUUACAUGGAAUGUUUCUUAGUAAGUAUACCAACACUUUCCUGGGUGAUAUUACUGACUACGCCAGAAAUAAAAUGUGCAAUACUUCAAAGAGAAUCAAACACAAUUGACAUUGUUCUAAUGAUUGGACAUAACUUUAAUUCCGUUACUCCCAAUUACUUUUGUAAUAACUCUGUUUAUCCAACAGGUCAAUACCCAUAUCUACUGUAUCAAUAAUGCCAGCACAUUGUAGCUGAACGCCACGUUUUAGCUCAACGUGCAUAAGGAUACAGUACUUUCCCUAAUAUGUUGUUCGAUUGCUGUGUACACUGUGGGGAACUGACUGUGUGAAAGCUGAGAAAUCCCUUUCAACUCUGCUGUCCCUGAUAGUAUUGUUCCGUAAUGGAUAGUUUUGAAUGUAUUUGAGUUCAUCGGGUCUGGUUUGAGUGGCUUCUAGUGAUAGCUGAAUGGUCUCUUAUGAAGCAUCUAUGCUGUUGCAGUGUUUUGAUGGCUUCAUCUCCAGCUCUUCAUUAGAGGUCUCUUGUGCACAACAACAAUAUAUACUGACAACAGACUGUACGUACCAUCAGUGUUACUAUCAUUAUUACCAGUAGUAUCCUCAUUAGUAUUAUGACUAUCAUUGGUUGUAAGCACUCCCUCUUUACUACUUAAAACCUCAGUGUGUGUGAUGGACUGUUUUUAAUCAUAUGCUAUUGUGAAAAUAAAAGCAACAUGAAAAAAUUGUGGUUUUC